AUGUACCAUUUGAAUCUUCCGGAAGCUUUGAUGGAGCACAUUCUUCUGCUAAUGGAAAAAGCGCCUCCAUGUGUCAGUCUCGAUGAGAGCAGCUUACGAAGACAAGGGCGUAUUGAGCAGGGUUCGUUUUCCAAUGGAUUUGCAGCAUCUAAAGAUGGUUUUGGUUACUCUGAUGUGUUGUCUGUAUUUGGUCGCCCAAAAUUUCACACUGAGAACAAUGGGAAUACUGACAUAUUCUUCUCUACCGAAACGAAAGCUAUCGCCUUUAUUUUGAUGGCUCUGAAACUGUGUUUUGGCUUGGAUGAUGUGCGAGAAUUUCAUUCAUCUACAAUGAGUAGUGGAAGCAACUCCUUCAAUUUCAUGCACUGGUAUUACCAAUUUAUAAUGAGGCUGAUGUUCUGGGAGGGCUAUGAUCCUCUUGAUGUUCUGCAGACGAGCAAGCCCGUGGAGCCCCUGUUAUACGACAAGAGUUUCUGGCUUGGCCAAGUUACUUAUGAUGACGACGCCAUUCGUGAUGAGGGGACAAGCACCUACCGUAUGAUAGCUUCUAUAAGAGAUAUUGGAUUUACUCAUUCUAUUCCAUCUUCACUGAAAAUGGACGAUGUGAGUUGCAAUAUUACUGCGUUUGUCCGUUAUUUUUGUUGA